ACCUGCGACAACAAAAAGCCACCAAACGAGGAAGUGCACGCGGAGCCGAGCCACCCUGAUCUUUACGAGUUUAAGUUUCACCUCAAAACACGAUGGCUCGGUCUAUACUCCUGGUCUGGGUUCUCGUCGGGACCGGUGUAGUUCUGGGCUGUGACUGGGACCAGUCCGUUGUUCCGGAUCAGGAUCUGAGCGUCAUAGACGGCUUUAUGAUCGACGUGAACAAGAUCUCGGAGGUCUCGGACCCGGAGUCCUGCCGGUCUAAGUGCUGCUCCGAGCCGGACUGCGACAUGGCCUUGGUCCGGUUCCCAGCAGACGGGAAACCCCAAUGCAUCCUGGUCAAGUGUCUGGUCCUGGACCAGGACGUGUGUGUCCUUGAGCCCGCAACUCAGUCCAAGGUUUAUCGCAAGAACGGCACGCGCGAGUCCGGUCGGAAGCAGGCGCGAGGCGGGGAGGGGCUGCGCGCGGUCCCGCUGAUGGUCCCGUGGAACCCCAGGAGCGACAGUGUUUCUCAGGAAGCUGACCGUGCAAAGAGCCGUGAGGAGAAAGAAAUGUCUGCCUCAGACUUCACUGAGCACUGUGGGGCGGAGCCUGAGGUGGGUCCUUGCAGAGCAGCCUUCCAGCAUUGGUACUACAACAGUGAGACCGGUACCUGUCAAUCAUUUAUCUAUGGAGGCUGCAAAGGCAACAAGAACAACUACAACAGCAAGGAAAGGUGCAUGGCAACAUGUGCAGUCAGAGUUCUUCCGUCCUCCGAGAAAGUUGUUGCUGAUGAUGACGACAUGUCGUCAGAAUACAGAGAGGGUUGCAUGGUGACCUCUGACCCCGGUCUCUGCCGAGCCGCCUUCCCCAUGUUCUACUACGACGUGAAAGCUGCCACCUGCCGCUCCUUCAUCUACGGAGGCUGUGGAGGGAACCAGAACCGCUACAGCACCAUGGAGGAGUGCGUGAGCCGCUGCUCGGGGGAAGGUUCCUUUGACCAUCGUGGAAAAGUUCGUGACCGUUGGACAGCAGGUGUCUUCCUUUUCGUUACCCUAGCAACCGUCUCUGCUCUGAUGCUGGUAACGCUCGUUGUCAUAACGAUGAGACGUCACCGUCUGACUCGACAGCCAUCUUCCAUCAGUGAUAAGGAGGAGCUGCUCCCAGAAGCAGAUGAUCAGUCCUCUCUGGAGUCUCUGUCCAUCCCAGAGAGCCCCAAAUAGAACCUGUUCGCUAUCAAUAACUCGCGGGUUCCAUCUUCCGACCCACACAGAACUGUUUAGCAGCUAACUUUACUUCUGUAGCUUGAAGGUUGAUUCAAUGAAACAGGAAAUUAAAUAAUGAUUACAUUAAACCUUCAUUUGAAGUAAUUAGAGAUUUUAUAAUGUCUGUGUUCUUUUAGUAAUCAUGAAUUACUUUGUUUUUCUGUAUAAAUCAGUACAAUGAAGGUAUGACUUUGACUCUGGUGACUUAAGGUAGAUUGAUAUCACUUUUUAGAUUUUAUGGGUUAAUCAAUUAAAUAAGUAAUCAAGAAUGUGUUUUUAAUUAGUGUGUGUCCCAUGAUGCGACGUGGUGGACCCUGAAGGUCACACAGGUCAUGGAAAAUUCAUUUAUUGACUAUUACAGAUGACUUCAUGUGUUAAACGUUGGGACUCUUGUUACAUGCAAAUAUUAGUUUCAUAUCAAUGUGUCAUUGUCAUUUAUCAAUGAUUCUGAGAGAAUGUUUAAUCUUUCUGCCGUGUAUUUCAACUAAAGGUCUCAGCUGUUAACUCUGUACUGUAAUAUCUCAAUAAAACUUUACUACUUUAA